GAUAUAUAUGGAGAAAUACUUAUUAUUAAAUGCUUAGGUAGGUUAUAUGUUGUUCGAAAUAUAUAAACAUUUGUCCAUCAAAUCUUAUCGUUCUCCCCGAGAGCUUUUCUAUCGAUAUCAAAAACGAUGACUUCCAUACCUCCAAUCGCUGGAAUUCCCUCCCUAUCCACUGUUGAGAGAUCCAGUGUCCUCGACGCCCUAUUCGAGCCAUGUACUGCUCUCCAUACACUCUCUAUGGAUUUACUUCAUACCACAACUUUCGAGUCGUACAAUGAUCUUAUCGCAAGUGUCGGCACCCAACUUGCUGAUCUGUCAGAAAGUACAUUACCAAGUGAUAGAGAGUGGCUAGACAAGAUUCUUGGUUCCCAUCCUAGAUUAGGCGAGAAGAAAGUAGAAAGUGUACAAUCUAAAGCCGAACAAGCUCAAUUGAAUACUGGACCUACAGAAGAAGCUGGAAAGUUAAAAGCUCUCAAUGAAGAAUAUGAGAAGACUUUCCCAGGCUUAAGAUAUGUUGUUUUCGUAAAUGGAAGAUCAAGACCUAUAAUUUUUGAAGAUAUGAGAAGAAGAAUAUCAAGAGGAGAUAUUGGACUCGAGAGGAAAGAGGCUAUUCAGGCUAUGUGUGAUAUUGCAGUAGACCGCGCCACCAAGCUACAAAAAGCAUUUUGAGAACACUUAAACUUCAUAAAUCCAACUAUUUAUGCGUUGAUA